UUAAAGUUAAACUUGCACGUGAAAUCAAAACGUUGUUGUAAUUUUAAGCAGCGCUGUGGUGCUUAAACAAUGACGGAAUUAACAAUAGAUUCGGUUUCUUCAAAGGGGCCGAUCUAUCCAAUGUUAAUAAACUUUCAAAACGGUUACCCGAAUGAAGACUUCGAAAGUGAAUGCUCAAUCAUACAAGAGAAUGGGACUAAAACGAUAGCUACCGAGCUUGAUGAGCUUGUUUACUAUGGUAAAGAGGAAAACGAAGAGUUGGGUAAGACCCUGAUACUAGCAAGAGACAGGAAAACCGGUAAAGUACGCCUUAUAGAGGUGGGCUGCGCUGAGCUCAUACCAUAUCGUAAAGUUGACUUGAAUGCAUCGCAACAGGUAACCAGCAGAUUAGAGCUGAGUAGGAAGUUCGGAUCUAAAAAACAAAAGAAGCAAAUGGAACAACGGGAGAAAUUAAAAGUAAAUGUACAAACCGUUACACAACAGAUGGAAAAUGUAACUGCGAAUAUUACUGUUGACCAACUAGACCUAUCUAAGUAUAAUAAGAACGAUUCUGAAGAAUUCUACAUACCACCUAUAGACAGAGACGCGACUAAAGUCGAAGAUGUAUAUCCUGUAGAGAAAAUUAUGUCUGAAGAAGAAUUUGAGAAUAUUUACUCAGAUUUAAAGCAAGAAAAGUAUGAAGAAUAUUACCAUCCGUAUAUAAAGUCUUUAGUUAAAGGCCGGACGUUGUCUAACGAGUUAACGGUGCUGGCGGUUUACACUAGUGAGCUACUGAAAUUUUUACAGGUUGGUUGCAUGGAAAUAAAAAAGAAAAACUUUAAAAUAUGCGAUUUCUCAAACACAUUAAACAACGUUGUGUUGAAAAACUUUACGGAAUUUAGUAAAGCUGCAAAUAAGGUGAGAUCGAGACCAGUGCACAUGAAAGAUAAGCUCAUAUGUCACAUAAUGGUGUUUGUGUUGAUAUUACAUAAUUUUAAGGUUGAACUUGAGCCUUUGUGUGCAGCUUUGAAGAUGUCGCCUAAGACUCAGCCGUGCAUCAAUAAGGUCCGUCUCAUCGGAGCAUACAUGGUACAUACCGAGGGGGGGAAGAUGGUGCAAUUGAAAUUGCCCUUAGCUCCAAAAACUUCUUUCAUGAGAAGGAAAAGUACAAAGUUUUAACACAUUCAGUGGCGAAAACCAGACUAUCGGGUAUUUUAUGAUUUCGUUCCCAGGCCGGAAGACCUGAUAGUCGGGAUCGUGGUACUACUGCUUUAUAUGACGAAAUUGUUGUGGCCUGGCGCGGACGUCUUAUUUGGCGGGGUGGCAAUGAAUGUGUUAAAUGUUUGAUAUAUACAUUUUUGACCCCCGACACAAAAAAAGGGGGAGGAUAUAUGUUUGCCGCCAACGCCUGUCUGUCUGUGGCAUCAUAGCUCUCAUACGAAUGGACUGAUUUUGAUGCGGUGUUUUUCGUGAUAACAAGUCCUUGCAGUGGUUCUUGAUAAAAAUCGAUUGAAGCAAGUUUCCUUACCGAGGUUCUUAGCUAUGUUUGAUAAAAAUCUAUCCAGCAGUUUGAAGAGUAUCAGCUAUUUUCCAAAAUGAUUAAUG